CCAUGUCUAUGGCAGGUCAAAGUGGCACUCACACUUCUGAAAGGCGACAAGGACAUACUGUGCAUCGCAGGGACGGGGAUGGGUAAGAUACUGGGCUUCUGGAUUCCGUUGUUGUUCCAGGUCAAUAGCAUUCAGCUGGUUGUCACGCCACUCAACUUACUUGGUAAACAAAAUACCAUGUCUCUUGCAAAGGCUGGAAUCCGCGCCAUAGCAAUCAAUGCAGAAACUGCCACCGCUGCAAAUUUUUCAGUCAGUGCUACUUUGUAA